AUGAAUGAAUGAAGAACUAUUGACCAGCUGUUUUGUGUCAAACAAAAAUUUUUACAUAAUAAUUGAUAGCAGAAAAUAUAAAUUGUGCCAUUGUAUAUUCUCUAAAGUUGUUCCCAAAUUAAAGAAUAAUGUGCUAGAAAUCACAUAAUCGUAAUAUAAUUAUAACACUACUUGCACAAAAAUGCUGGAAACUGAAGACAUAGAUGAUGAUUAUUUUACUCCUGCAUCGAGCACUUCAUUGGCAAAUAUAUUUGGAAAAACCAGAAAAGAAGAUGGAACGGAAAAUGAAUCCUUAAAAUAUACUCCGCCGAAACCAGCAAAACCUGAAGAAAUAAAAACCACGCAAUGCCUUUUCGCUUGUGUACUAAUAGGAUAUGACUGGCAAAACGGUGCUUAUGUAGCCAGAGGAAAGUUGGGAUUUGCCAUUAUAAAAAUUAUUAAAAGUGGCUUUCAUAACAUUGUACUAUAUGACUCAAAUAAGACAACACUAUCAUGUGCCACAAUAUCAUCAGCAUUUGAAAUAACUGUGAAAGAAAAUGUGUAUUUCUCAUACCAUGACAAUGGCCAGAAAUAUUGGAGUUUGUAUGCUUCUGAAAAUGAAAUGAAAAAAAUUAUUGAUUUGUUAAAAAGUUUCAAUGCUAAAAUAAAAUUUUCUUCUGGUGAAGAAAAAGAGCUUCCCCAGCCAAGUAACUUAAGUGUAGUUACGGACAAGGAGUCUUCUGAACCAAGUAACCAACAUGUAUUAAAUGAGGUCAUCUUAAACACACAUGCAGAAGAAAAAGAAAGUGACACAGAUUCAUCAAUUAAUAGAAGAACAAAAAUGUCUAUACUGAAUAGAAUGGCAAGUAUGUGGCAGUCAGUACUGCCCCCUCGAACUAUAUCUACAGAAAGAACUAGUGAUUCUUCAGACACAAAUGAUACAAGUACUAACCAUAAAGCUGUGAGGCAUAAACCAGUCAAAAGCAUUAUGAAAAGGAACAGUUCUGAUAAAAAUCUUCCAGAAUGUCAAAGUGUAAUAGAAACAGGUCACAUAAAUAUGGAACAGGCCACAAACAGUGUUCCAUUAUUUACCUAUGUCAAUGGUCAGCUUGUGCCUGUGACAAAUAGUAACAUAAUAAGUUGUAAUAGCAGUGGGAACGAUAUGAGCUUCUUUAUCUCUGAACAAAGAGUAAGCAAUAGUGAAAUAAGAAUAAACAUGACUAGAAUGUCUGAUAAAGUUGAUCAAAUUCUUGGAAAACUCUCAUUUAUAGAAGACAAGGAUAAAAACAAUACAACAAGUAAUUUUCAAGCAGAAGUAUUGCAAAAGCUUUUAUCAGAGUAUGAGAAUAAAAUAAGAAUGUAUGAAGAAUUUAUAAAAUCUAAAGAUUUGAACAAUAGUUCAAGUAGUCCAUUUAUGGGACUAAUUCCUAAACAGGAUGUUCCAAAAGUAGACGAAAUUAACAUUCAAAAAAUUCAACACUUGGAACAAAUUAAUAAAGAAAAAGAAGAAAAAAUUAUCCAGUUAGAAUUUCAAUGUAAAGCUUUACAAAAUGAGAAUAUCUUGCAUAUUGAAGAAAUGAAAAAUAAAGUGAAAUUAACUGAAGAAAUAAGUAAAUUGAAACAAGAAUUAUCUUCUAAAAAUGAAGAACAGAGUAAAAGGAUCCGAAAAAAUGAGGAAUGUUCUGAGAUUGAAGAUAAUAUGGGUGAAAAAAUAAAAAAUAUCAUGAAUGAUACAUUCCGUUCUAUAUCUGCUAAUUUUGAAAAUGAUGUAGAAUACUCUGGCGAAAGAAUUAAAGCUCUAACUGCCUCCAUUAUCAAGAAAGUUACAAUUGAAGCUCUUAAUAAAUUGUAAUAUAACCUGAAGAAAUAAUGUUGUUUAAUACAUAGUUAUGUAUGCCUUA